AUGGAUAAAAAUAAAAUUUUAGACAAUCAAUUACAUGAUGAAUUAAUCACUUGUACUAAGUUAUUAAAUUUACAAAAUUAUGGUAGUAUUUCGUUGGAUUUUUUUUCAAUUGGUGAAGAAGAUGACAUUGAUUUUAAUAACAAUUGUGAUAAAAAUCUCGAUCCUAAUGAUAGUAAUAAUAAAGAUCAAAAUAAAUUUCAAUUAAUAAAUAAAGAAAAAUUAAUUAUAAAUGAUAUUAACGAAGAAGAGAUUAAAGAUUUAUUAUCAAUAAACAUUUUUAAAAUUUCUUGCAAAGAAAUUUUUCAAAAUAACACCAAAUCAUUUGAUCUGCUUGAAUAUAUAGAAGAACCUAUAUUUUCUAAAAAUUGUCAAUUCACAAGCACUGCUAUUGAUGAUGAUAAAUUAUAUCCUAUUCCAACACCAAAAUCUUUAUCGUGUUAUUUUCCAAUUUUGACAAUUACCGAUGAUAAUCCAAUUUUUUUCAACCAUCAAAUAUUGAAAAUUAAUGAUUUAUGUGAUGACAUUAAGAAGAGUGAAGCAAAAGAUAUUCAGUUACUUAUUAACGAGCAAACAACUGAUUGCUACUUUGAUGAUAUUACCACUGCUAUUCUUUCAUCAACGACAAAAAUAAAUGAUAAUUAUAAUCAAGAUUUUUAUUUGGAAGAACCAAUUUUGCAAGAUAAUAUGAAUAACAAAGAAAUUUUUAACAAUAACAACAGUAAUAAUGAUUUUACUAAAUUAGUGUUGCCAACCAUACUUGAAGAAUUUAAUGAUGUGAUAAUGACUACUGAAAAAGAUCAAUUGGUCCCAGAAGAAACUGGCGUCAAAGCUCCAAUCGAAAUAAUUAAUCAAUGGGAAAGAGUAAAAGAUUAUAUUGUUAAAAACAACAAUGAUAUUGUUGAUGUCGUUGAUGGAUAUUCAAAAGAAGGAGGAAAGUCCUAUCUUUUCAAAUUGGAACCUGUCUUGAUUCCUGUGAAAGAUGAUCCUUUAGAAAUGACGGAUCGUAAAAAAAGCAGCAGUAAAACAACAAUAGAUUUUAGUAAUAUCGAGCAACAAGAUACCAUAGAUUUAAUUCAAUCUGGUUCGGUGAUAAACACCAUAAAAUCAAUUGUUGACGAGUCGACAAAGACAAUGUUACUUGCAAUGAGCGAACAAUCGGAAUAUCAACGAAUUGAUUCUAAUAUCAAUGAAAAGGAUGAUGGUGAUAAAGAACUCGAAAAAGAUUUUGAAACAAUCUUUGAAGUCAUAUCAACAACCAAAAAUUAUAAUUACAAUAACAUUAAUAAUGUUAAUCAUUGGCAAAAUAUUAUGGAACAAUCAAUGGAUGAAAUUUGUGGACUGAAAUUCAAAGUCAAAGCAGCUUCUUCUACAGCAGUCUCUGCUGAUAUUAUUUCACUUUUAUCUAAAAAAAAAGGCAUUAGCUGUAAUGACAACAAAAAUAAUGAUGAAUUAAAGAGUAUAGAAGAGGAAGAGAUAACUUAUUUGUCAACAUUAACACCACCAUCAUCUCCAUCAAAAAAAACUGUCACGGGUAUUAAAUCACCAUAUUUUUCCCAAGUACAACAAAUUAAUUACAAUAACAAUGAUGACGAUGGUGAUAAUUUCAUGGCCAAAUUGCAACAUAGCCUUAAUGGCAAUAAAAUCAACGACACCACUGACAAAAAUAAUAAUGGCAAAACAUUUAAAUAUUUUUCCGGGAAAUUUUCUGCUACAAGGUCAAUCGAUGAUUUUCUAAUUUUACGUGUUUUAGAUAUUUCCAAAAAUAAAAAUGAACCAACUUCAACAUCAAUUGAUCUAACCUAUAAAUCCACCAUUAGAAAUUUACCAGCUCCAACAACAGUUCAUAAAUACAUCAUCUCUUCACGACUUUUGCAAAAUAAUAGAUUAUUGACAGCUUUAAGAAGUGAUAAUUGUAAGGUAGAGCUUAUCGAAAGAGAUUUUGAAUACUUGAAAACGUUUUUAUCUGAUGAUUAUUAUGAACAACAAAAAAACUUAAAUUACGUUGAAGCUGAUUUAAUAUUAGAUGAGAGAACUGCAAUGAUUUAUUUUCCAUUAAAUAAGAUUUCGCAAAUACAAAUAUUUACACAAUUUCUUAAUACACUUACUCGUCUUGCUCAAAAAUAUUCAAACUUUUAUUUAAUACUUGAAAACUAUACUCGGAAGAACAAUAAUAACAGUGAUGAUAUGAUGAUAGAAUUGUCAACUACACCAUACUUAUUUACCCUACCAACUAUAAAAGCAUUAGCAAAUUUAAGUUCGUUACCAUCGAUUCAUAUAUUAUAUUCAACGUCUGAAGAAAUGUCAGCAAGAUUAGCAAGAUUGAUAGGUGAUCAUGAAAAUUUUUUGACAUGUUUCACUCCGUUUAUUAAUCCUUUUACUGCACAAAUGAUUUUAACUGCCACAAAUCUUCGGGAAUUUCUUGCAAUGUCUCAUUUAGAAAGGCGUGAAUUAAUUGGUGAUUGGAUUGACGAAGAACGAUUGAUACAAUUUAAUGAAAUCGUAAAUGGUGAUAUUGAUGAGCUUGAAGUAUUUAAAUUUGAAAAUCAAGAAAUGGAAUAUUUGUAA